GCGUCAUCUUGGACAUCAAUAGAUAACAUGGCAGAGUACUGGAAAUCGACGCCGAAAUACUGGUGCAAAUACUGCGAGGUCUUCGUCAAAGACACCAAGUUCGAGAAGCAACAGCACGAAGCUACCGGCCGCCAUCAAGGCAACAUCCGGCGCUCCCUCAAGGGCCUACACCGCGAGCAAGAAAUCGAAGCGCGCAAACAAGCGCAAGCGAAAGCCGAAGUCGCGCGCCUCAAUGGCCUCGUCCCAGGGGCAAACGGCGCAGGUCCAUCAGUCGCCGCAGGUGUGGGUGACAAAGCUACUUUUGCGAAGAAGGAGCCUCAGAAGAGGGCGACGGUCGAAGACAGAAAGAGACAAUGGGAACAGCUAGCGUCUAUGGGUAUUGCGCUCCCUGAAGAAGCGCGGCAGGAUAUGGGCAUGGCCGGCGAUUGGAAGGUGGUCACCAAGAAGGUGGUAGGAGAGCUUAAUGAGCAGGGGCAGUUCGAGGACAAGCAGCUGAACAAGGGCGUGCACAAACGAAAGGUUGACGAGACAGAGGAAGACCGGAUAGCUGCUGAAGGCCUGAUCACGAAGAAGAAGGGCUGGGGCCACACAUACAAAUUAUUUCCUGGCAGUAAAGGGAAUGACGACGACGAUCUGGAUGCACUUUUAGGGACGAAGAAGGCAUCAGAGGUCAAGGAAGAGUCGAAGGCCAAAAUAGAGGAGCACGUCAAGGAUGAGGCGGAGUCGAAAACACUACAGGAAAUACCCACAGUAGAAGAGGCAGAAGCAGAUGCUGCUGCGGCGCCGGUAAAGCAGGAGGAGGAUACACCGGCUGCGCCAGCUAUUGUGUUCAAGAAGAGGAAAAAAAUCAAAGUUUAAGCUGGCGUACUGCAGAGCUUACUCAUCCAAACAAAAAAACAACGACAUCCACGCGGAUUCUACCCUACGCCAUCAUGGCGACAGCACUGGUACCCUGCCAAAUCGCUAAUGAUAGUCCCCGGCCAGGGACACGAAUGAACCAGAGGAUAUAGAGGAGAUUAUCCGUCAGACUGAUACAGCAGUAUUACGGGCAGAACGGAGGCUAUGGAAGCACUGGAGGUAGUAAAGGAAUUACGUGGUAUGGAGGCGGAUGAUCCUUGAGGAUUUUUACUGCCUUUCAGCUUCAUCAACCGAGGUAGACACAGACGAAAUUGAAGGACUCGGCGGGUCCAAAGAUGCCAAUACAUGGACUGAAAUGCCCAC